GUAUAAGAAGGGCACAUGUUCCAAUUAAAGACAAUAUACAUACGUAGAAAUAUAAACGAAUGCUCGCAAAAAGCAGUGAUUGUGACGAAUGUAUGACAAGAAAUGGACGGAAACCUUUAGCUUACCAUGGUGUCAAGCCUGUAUCUUCUCAGAGCUGUAGGAAGAAUAGGAAAGGUGGAACUGCUAUUCCCAACUCGUCGACCUUUUUCCUGGGCCUCGUGGUAGGACUCUUUCUCGGCACGUCCCUUCGAUUAUUGCCAGAGAUUCCAGAUGGAGACUGCCUACAAAAAACUCUCUCUCCGGCUUCUAUUGUCCCCGAGGAGGAUGGAUUUAGAAAACAGAGUACCAGCUCCAAGGAAAACUCGGAGGGGGAAGAAGUGGACUUCCUGUUUGUGGGAGUCAUGACAACGCUCACCAACCUCCACUCACGUGCUAUGGCCAGUAACAACACCUGGGUACAGCGAGUGCCGGGAAAAGUUGUCUAUUUCGUGGGCGACGGAGCCAAUUACACAGGAGAUCUCCACGUUGUCCAGUUGGCUGGAGUGCUAGACAACGACUAUCCCCCGAGAAGAAAAUCUUUCGCUAUGUUGAAGUACAUCACACAACAUUAUGCCCAAAAGUAUGAGGUUAGUAAAAGUUUCAUCUAUUAAUUUCAAAUUAAGAAAGAAAAUAC